AUGAGCCCUUCAAAUCGCCUAAAAUAUGACCCUAACCCAAACUUCGGACACGUGUCAAAGCUCGACAAGGCUCUGGCCGUCGUCGGCUACGCGGUGGUGACAGUACAGGUUGUCUUCUUUUUCUUGGCUCGGAUUAUCUACUGGUUACCCACAUCAAUAAUCCGCCAGGGCUCGACCCGCGGCACGCAAGCAUUUACCUCGCACCGCUAUGGAGACCGCCUGGCCGCGUUCCCCGAGGUGAUCGACCGGCCCGAGUUCAGCGGCAUCUGGGUGACCAAGCCCGGGUUCACGCGAGCAUCCAAACCGCGUGAUGCCGACGUGGUCCUAAUCUACGUCCACGGCGGCGGCUACGUGACGGGCCUGCCGGAGCAGUACGUCUGCAUGCUCCUCCGCAUGGCCGAGCGGAUCGAGGCCAAGGGUCAAAAGGUGGCCAUCUUUGCCCUGAGGUACUCGCUCGCACCGGAGCGCCGCUUCCCCACCCAGCUUCUCCAGGCCGCGGCCUGCUGGGACUACGUAGUCGGGGAGAUGGGCGUGCAGCCUACCAGGGUGGCGCUGAUGGGCGACUCGGCCGGCGCGUCCAUCAUCCUGUCGAUGCUCGCGCACAUGUCGCACCCGCUGGUCGGGGUCGAGAGGGUGAAGCGGCCGGCGAAGCCCGGCAGGGGCCUUUUCCUGAUCAGUCCCUGGGUCAACCCGGUCGACGAGACGGGCUACGACGACAAGCCGGGCAUGGACGUGGUCAACGUGGCGACGCUGCGGGCGUGGGCGGUCGCGGCGGCCACCGGGGUCGAGGACGAUGACGUCGCGCGCUACCUCGAGUUCACGGGCCCGAGGGACGACUGGCACGACAUCCUGCCCGCCUACACGUGGGUGUCGGCGGGAGGGAACGAGAGGUUCCUCCGCAACAUCACGCGGUUCGUGGACGCGGCCAGGAAGGCGGGCAAGAGGGUCGACUACCAGGUGCGGAAGGGAGAGGUUCACGUCUGGCAGUUUAUGGAGUGUGUGGUGGAUGGGGACAAGGCGAUGGGGCAGGAGUUUGGCACGUUUGAGGAUGAUCUGCUGGCUGGGACUGAUGGGCUUGCCAAAGCGAUUCUUGAUGCCCAAAGAAGCAAGUGAGGGCAGCCUUAUUUACCUUGGUCAAAUUGUUGUUCAAGGGGAGGAGAUAUCCGAUACCCAUUUAAUAUUAAAGUAAAUUCUUGAAUCAAGGAAAUAAUAGCCGAUGUGGGUGGGCUCUUCCAUUCGCCUGGGGCUUCCUCUCUGACUCCAAGUACUACUAUUGAAUCAGGCCCAUAAAGUAGUUGCGGGGG